AUGGACGCUCCUCAAUUAAAUGAAGAUGAAUUAAAUGAAAUAUAUAGUUGGAUAGAUUCUAUAAGCCUAUCAAGACCUAAAAAAAAUAUGGCAAGAGAUUUUGCAGAUGGAGUUUUAAUGGCAGAAGUAAUAGCUAAUUUUUUCCCAAGAUUAGUAUAAUUGCAUAAUUAUUCAGGUGCAAACUCAAUGAAAUAAAAAGUAUAUAAUUGGGAAACAUUAUAAUAAAAAGUAUUUAGAAAAUUAGGAUUAUAAAUUAGUAAACAAGAUAUUAAUAAUAUUAUAAAUUGUGUACCUGAGUCCAUUGAAAGAGUACUUCGAGUUAUUUAAAUAAGAAUUCAAGACAUGAUUAAUGAAUAAUAAAAUAAUUCUCCUUUAAAAAUAUAAAAUAAUUCAUGUGAAAGAAAUGUAUAAAAUAAUUAUUCUAACUCAAGAAACAACUAAAGUUAAAAUGUAAAUGAAAUGUAAAAUAUUUUAAAUAGAUUUAAAUUAUUUUAUAUAAAUAAAAUUUAUUUUAGAAAUAAAUAAAAAUUAAAAAUUAGAAAAUUAGAAGAUUUAAUAAAGUUAAAAGAUAAUAAGAUUAAUACUCUUUAAAAUAAACUAGGUGAACAUGGUUUAUAUUGA